GAGCGGGCGGGCAACAUGGCGGCGGCGGCGGCGGCGGCGGCGGCCGGUCCUGAGGGGCCCGAGGAGGAGGGAGAGUGGGCGGAGGUGGAGCGGGCGGCGCGGGAGGGGCGUCGGGAGCUGGUGCUGACGGGCCCGGGGCUGGAGGCGCGGGUGCGGGCGGCGGGGGGCCGGCUGCCGCCAGGCGUGCUGGCGCUGGGGCGGCUGCGGGCGCUGGAGGUGAGCGGCUGCGGGGCGCUGCGGGAGCCGGGGCCGGGCCUGGCGCCGGGCCUCCCGCAGCUGCAGAGCCUGGUCCUCCGGCGCAACGGGCUGGGGCCCGACCUGGGCUGCGGGCUGGGCCCGCUGCCCGCCCUGCGCCUCCUCGACCUGUCGGCCAACGCGCUGGAGGCCCUGCCGGCCGGCCGCGGGCUGCCCGUCCUGCCGCAGCUCAGCGGGCUGGACCUCAGCCACAACCGCCUCGGAGAGCUGCCCGCCGACCUGCCCCGCUGCGCCCCGCGCCUGCAGACGCUCCGCCUCGCCGGCAACCGCCUGGUCCGCCUGCCCGACGCCUUCUUCUGCCCCGGGGCGCUGCCCCUGCUCAGCCACCUGGACGCCAACCACAACCUGCUAAGGAGCCUGGGGCCCGGGGUCGCCCACCUCGUCGCCCUCAAGAAGCUGGAUCUCUCCAAUAACGAACUGACUGAGAUCCCCGAGGAACUCGCCGACUGCCCCAAGCUCAAGGAGAUCAACUUCAAAGAGAACAAACUGAAAGACAAACGCCUGGAGAAGAUGGUCAACGGCUGCCAGACCAAGUCCAUUCUGGACUACCUGCGUGUGGGCGGGCGAGGAGGCGGCAAAGGGAAGGGGAAACCGGAUCAGUCGGUAAAAGAAGAAGCCAGGAAGAAAAAGCGGGAGAAAAAGCAGAGGAAGGAGAGCGGGGAGGGAGAGGAGGAGCUGGAGGAGGUGCAGAAACUGCUGAUCAGGAUCCUACACGUAUCGGAGAACCCGGCGCCCGUAACGGUGAAGGUGUCCGCCGAGGUCAAAGACGUCCGCCCCUACAUCGUGUGCGCCGUGGUGCGAGGAAUGCACCUGGAGCCGGGAAAUGCCCUGAAGCGGUUUCUCUCUGCACAGACCAAACUCCACGAAGACAUGUGCGAGAAGAGAACGGCGGCCACCAUAGCGACCCACGACCUCAAGCUGAUCAAAGGCCCCCUGCUGUACGGAGCCCGGCCCCCUCAGGAUUUCAAGAUCGUGCCCCUCGGACGGAAAGAGAUCAAGGCGAAGGACCUGGUCCGCCAACUACAACAAGAGGCCGAGGAGCAACGGAAGCAGAAGAAGCGGCAGAGCGUCUCCGGCCUGCACAAGUAUAUCCACCUGCUGGAUGGAAAAGAAAACUACCCUUGUCUGGUAGAUGCCGAUGACGUGGUGAUUUCCUUCCCUCCGAUCACAAACAGCGAGAAGACGAAGAUUAAAAAGACAACUUCGGACUUGUUCCUGGAAGUGACCAGCGCCACCAGCUUGCAGAUCUGUAAAGAUAUCAUGGACACCCUCAUUCUGAAAAUGGCAGAGCUCAACAGAGUCACUCUAGAAAGCGAGGAAGAGUCUCUCUCUGACUCGGAACUUGAUGCCUCAUCUGGGCCCAUAAGCCCCAAGCUGGCCCUGAACUCUGAGAAAGAAGGAAAUUCUCCCCUAAUUGUAGAGCAGGUGCGUGUGGUAGAUUCGGAAGGCAGCUUGAAGGUUCUGUAUCCUUCCAAAACCGACCUGGAUAUCUCUGCUUCCUACCUAACCGUAAUCCGUUGAUAGACGUGGCCGUGGCUUUGGUAGCCGUGGGCCGUUUAUAAAAUAUCUUGGGGGUCUUUUUUUUUUUUUUUGCAUCUUUUACAAGAGCUUGUAUAUGGUAUAAUUAAAUUAUUCAUUACAUUUUGCACCCCUGUAUCUUUUAUAAGGAAAAAAAUGUAACGUUUUGGUUUUUGAAGACGUAUCUGUAAUUGUACUAGUGACCGUUACACCCCUCACUCCUUAAAGAACCAAACGGCUUAGAACUCAAGUUUUGAAAUCCAGAAGCCCAAUAAUCCAAAUUUGAUUGGGAAUGUCAAAGUGCUUUUAUUUUUAUUUAAUUUUUCAAACACCAUCAGAGUGUUAGCCUCUGACUUGCAGUGGGGCUGUCUCCCGUCUCGGAGAACUCAGGCGUUAAAUAAAAUGAUGAUUGCUUGAUCUCGGA